AUGCCAUCUAUUAAAUAUGAUCCAUAUGCAGCUCAAAUCAGUUCGAAUAUUUUCAAACUGACGAAUGCCGCACCAAUGCCAUUUGAAAUCCAAUCAAUUUUUGGUUUAUUCAAUCAAGCAGCACUACUUCGUUUUUUCGAACAACAUCAAGCAUUAGGAGUUGAUAUUGCUCCAUUCGCAUUUGGUAUGCUGGUACAUGCAGCUAUGAUGCUUGAUGGGGUGGAACUUUUGAAUCCUGAUGGUACUGGCUUUGUCACAUCCAUGAAUUUAUUUAUUCAUUUGAUUGGCGAACCUGGUACCAAUAAAUCCGGAUUAUUUAGAGUCUUCAACAAUAGCAUCAAUGCAUUACAAAAAAUAUAUCCUUCUUUUUUUUCGAAACCUUUUGUGGAGGUUAUAAAUGGAAAAGAAAAAUUAACUACAAUUGAUUUAAUAGCAAAUAAUGAAACAGAACUAUCAUUAUUUCAACGACUUUCAAAACGAGAGAAUGUAUUUAUUUCAAGUGAUGAACUUGAUGUUAUUAAUACUCGAUUUGGAGUUUAUCUAGCUGGUUCGAAGGACAAUGAUAUGAAAACAUUUGGUUCUAAACUUUUAUGUCAAGGUUAUGAUACUAUAAAGAAUGUUUCUCGUACAACUGGAUCUUCAUCAUUUUUUAUUCAACGUGGCUCCAUCAAUAUUUUCGGAGCAUCAACAGGAAACAUGUUAUCAUCUAUAUGUCAACAAUAUAACAGUGAUAUUAUGUCCGAUGGUACCAUCAGCCGAUAUUUAUUUAUCACAACUUCCAUCCAAAAAACUUCAAAUGAUUUACCAUCUGAAAUUCUAUCUGUACAACCAAACAUCGUACAUAUUUUAAUCGUACUUCGUCUAUUGGCACAAUACAAGCCAAUUUUUGUAUUUGGUCAACAUCAAUCUCCAAUUAAUUUACAGAAAUUAAUUAUUGUUCCACCGGAUAUAGAAGAAGCAAGAAAAAAUAUCUUAAAUCCAAUUCCAACAACUGAACCAAUAUCGAAUUUAAAGCCAAGUGUGGUUGUUGACAUUAAAGAAGCUGAUGUGGAACAAGAUGGAUCAAUAAUAUCUGCUUACAGUGCUAUUCGUCGUGUUAUUGAAGCUGAACAUCAAAAAUCAUUACAACGUGAUGCCAAGGGAAAACCAAUUUAUACACCUUUACAGCGAGCAUUCCAGCGAAAGAGUAGCAACAAAUUAGCUCGUUUAGCUGGAUUAUGUCAAGCAAUGUCGUAUGCCAUUCGAUUAUGUUCUGAAUGUAUUAAUAUAGUUCGAUUUGGUGAUGGUCUUUAUCUCAAAGAAUAUAUUGAUGAUGAACAAAUUAAUUGGUUAAUGAAAUUCCAUGAUAAUGUCAAAGUACUUAUUGAACGAGAUAUUUCAAUGGCUCCAAAAUAUGGAAGUGAUCAGCGUCCAUUAUUUGUUAUUGAAAAGCCAGCUGUACAUGCUUCAAACAUGUUGUAUCAAUAUAAUUCAUCUACUAUUUCGGUUCUUUUCGAUGGUACAGCAAUAAAUAACAAUGAAACAACGAAAAAUGACAAUAACAUUUUGAUUAAUAAUGAAUUAUCAAACGAUGCUUUUUAUGAACAUCAAUCCAUAUUGCUCAAAAUGACAUCACCUAUUCUUAUUAAAGCUUGGUUCAGUAAUGAAAUAACUGGCCUUCCAUUCACCAAAAUAUUCAUCAAUUAUCGAAGAUCGAAGAACAAAAUGUCAAAACUUAUUCAAGCUGUUGAUGAAUUAGUUCAAUUUGGUAUUCUUAAAAAAGGUGCUAAAGAUAAUCGGCACGUUGUUGCUGCACGAAAAGAAACUUAUUUAAAAACAUCACCAGCUACUAUUCGUGGUAAUACCGACAUGUUUGAUUAUCUUCAAUCAAUUGGCGUCGACAUCGAUACUUAUGAACAUGUAUAUCUUUCGUCACCAUUACCAAUGAACAUGGAAUUAACUACAUUUGCAGUUAAUUUGAUUAUAUCCGACGAUGAUUAUCUUGAAUACUGCCAUUUAUUUAAUGAUGUUCGUAUACAAAAUGAAAUGGAAGAACGAUUAUCAAAACAUAUGAUCCAACACAAAAUUUCAUUUGGUCGCAAGCAAUAUUAUAUGCCAUCAUUAUCUCAAGUUGUUGAACAAGAUAAUCUGAAUAUUGACAACAGUCAAGAGUAUGAUGGCGAUCAAACUCUAACUAAUAAUAAUGAUAACAAUGAGAAUAACAAUGGUGAUAAUCAUAGUGAUAAUAAUAAUAAUGAUCUAUUAUCGACUUUACUUUUUAUACCACACCGAUCAAUUAAUAAUCCAUCACCAAACACGAUAUCAUCCCGUUCUGAAAACUCUUCUCUUUCAUCUGAAAUAUUGAAUACAAAUAAUACUAUUGAACCACAAAACAACAACUUUAUCGAUCAAACAACUGAAUCUGAUAAUCACCUUCGAAACGAGCUUUUACCAUUAGUUGAUGAUAUUAUGAAGCAACUAACAAACAUGCUUGAUUAUGAUCCAUUAAAUAUUGAACAGUCAGGUUCAACAUCUAAUAUGACGGAAAAUAUUCUUGACAAUCCAACGUCUUCUUAUCGAAAUGAAUCAAAAACAAAUAAUCAUAAACAAAAUCAAAAUCGGUCAGUAUUGGCCAAUAUUGAAUUAUUAUCUAAUAGUAAUAAUAACAAUAACAACAACACUGUUUUAUCAACCGAAACAACAUCAAAUGAUACGGUCACGUUUUUAGAAAAUAUGAGCUCUCAAGAAACAUUGAAAUUAAUUUCUGGUUUGCUUCAAAAUAAAAAACAUUUAUUAAAACGAAUAUUGGACGAAGAGGAUAAUGAUUUUACCACAAAACGAUCAAGAAAUAAUGAAAAUGAAGAAAUAACAUCACCAUUUUUCGACAUGAAUUUAAGUGGACCACUUUCAUCGACACCUGCUCGAACGGAAUCGAACACUAUCAUCGGUGAUAAUGAAAUUGUUGAUGAAGAUCUUCAAGAAGCGUACCAAAAAAUAAUCUUAAAUGAUGCUAUUGUUAUGUCACAAUCGGAUAUUUGCAGUAAACUUAAACACAUUAAAAACAUAUCAAAAUCACGUGAUAAUAUUAUUUCAAAAUUAGUUACCGAUGGAUUAUUAAUUAAAGGCAAUUGGUUUGCAAUGAAAAAAGUGAAUGGUAGUAUUGAUUUUCUGCCGGGAUUUUUAAAAGCAUUUCCGAAAAAUAAUCCACAAGAUCAACUUGAUUUUGCUCGUUUGUUAGCAAAAUAUAAAAUACAUUAUAGUGAUUAUAAAGAAUCAUUUAAGAAAAAUAAGACCGAUACUUUUCCUCGUACACUUACUGCUGCCGAUGUCAAACACAAAACAUGGUUAUUUUCAAAUGUGUUAAUUGAUUUUAUUGGAAAAAAUAAUUUUCUUAACGAACGAAUAGUACUUGAUCCAUCGGCAAUCAUUCAAGAAAAUAAUACUCCACCUAUGCCUAUGAAACGUAAUCGAAAAACAAAACAACGUUAUUCACCAUCGGACAACAAAAAAUGA